AGUAGUUUUCCGAAAUAGUAGUAAGGGGAAGGAAGGCUUCGUAGCUCGUGCCUUCAUUCAUCCAAAGAAGCAUAGCGGACGGGGGAGUGUCGCUCUCGCAAGCGCCCAAGUGCGUAGUAGGUAGGAGAAGAGAAGGGUCCCGUAGACGUGGAUGAUGAUGGCUCUCUUCCUUGUGAGUUCGUCGUCAAUGGCAGCAAUAAGGAAAUCGAAUCCCGCCAACGCCUCGCCUUCGCCGAAACGGGCGCGCUUCGGAGGUUUCCGGGUUAAAGCAUUCUUCAAUCCUAUCGAAGAGCCCAUUCUUGAGAAAGCUCUGAAGGAGCCUGCUGCCUUCAUGGGUGGGAUGCUUGCGGGUCUUCUAAGAAUUGAUUUGAAUGAAGAUCCACUUAAGGAAUGGAUUACAAGAACAGUUGAAGCCUCUGGGAUUACAGAAGAAGAAAUUUAUGUGAAAGGAUCUAAACUAGAAGAAGAAGAGGAAGAAGAAGCCCCACAACAGAUAGAGAUCGAAUGAAGGCCAGUUAUCUCAGGGUUUACGCGAGUAGUUUAUUUCUUCUCUGUAUAUCGAAGUCAUGUACUUGAUAUUUGGAUAGUAUGCAAGAAUGGAUGUUGGUGACAUGUUUCUUUUUCAUGAAGAAUCAACUUGAAUCUCAGCCAAGUCCAAUUUAAAAGGUAGUUUCAGUUUCAGUUAA